GCUGCCUCACCACCAUCAGCACCACCACCACCGCAUCGGCGGCGCGCAUGCACAGCUGUCAGCACCAAGGACAGCAGCCGUUCAGCCCCGGAGCGACCGGCCGAGCGACGCAUCGGUGUGAGAAAAGUGCGGACCGAGCGCGCGGAGCGGCGGCUGCAGAGAGCGAUACGCGCCCCGGAGAGCAAGCCUGACAUUUCCUCUCUCCCUCUUUUUUUUUUCUUUUUCUUUUUCUGACGGAUUAACCCUUUCAUCCAAAAACCGCAGAGGGUCCGGGGAGGAAGAAAGAAAAAUGUGCAGAACGCGGGGUGACAGCCGGAUCUGUGAUACGAUCAUGCACAUUCCUCCGCAUUGCACAUAACAGCCAACCUAUUCCGUCUUCUCCAGCACCUCGCCUCCCUCCCCUCGCGCGCCACACCGCCCACCUGGAUCGCGGCAGUCCGCAGUUCUUGCUUCGUUUUCCCCCCCACACCCGGCUUGAGCCGUGCCGCCGUCCGGGAGCUGGUCGAGCCGACCCGCCACCGAGGAGGGGAAAAGCGACCGGGUCGUCCUGUGCUGUCUGGUGGUCCACCACGCGAUGCGUCUGUUUCUGCUGGCGGUGCUCUUCUCGUGCUCCUGCGCGCGGGCCGGCUGCGAGCCGAAGAUCGUGAACAUCGGGGCUGUCCUGAGCCAGAAGAGGUACGAGCAGGUCUUCAAAGAUGCCGUGACCCAGGCCAACCAGGUCUACGGCCGCGACAAGUUCAAGCUGACCGCCAUCUCCGUCACGCACAAGCCCAACGCCAUCCAGAUGGCUCUGUCCGUGUGCGAGGACCUCAUCUCCAGCCAGGUCUACGCCAUCCUGGUGAGUCACCCCCCUCAGUCCAAUGACCACCUCACCCCGACGCCUGUCUCCUACACCGCGGGCUUCUACCGCAUUCCCGUGGUCGGGCUCACCACCCGCAUGUCCAUCUACUCCGACAAGAGCAUCCACCUGUCCUUCCUGCGGACGGUCCCGCCCUACUCCCACCAGGCGCACGUGUGGUUCGACCUGAUGCGCGAGUUCAACUGGAACCACAUCAUCCUGAUCGUGAGCGACGACCACGAGGGGCGGGCCGCCCAAAAGAGGCUGGAGACGCUGCUGGAGGAGCGGGAGACGAAGAAUAAAAAAAGGAACUAUGAAAACCUCGACCAACUGUCCUAUGACAACAAGCGAGGACCCAAGGCUGAGAAAGUCCUCCAGUUCAGCCAGGAGACUAACUUAACUGCCCUGCUGCUGGAGGCCAAAGAGCUGGAGGCCCGAGUCAUCAUCCUGUCUGCCAGCGAGGAGGACGCUGCCGCGGUGUACAAGGCCGCUCGCUUCCUCAACAUGACGGGCUCCGGCUACGUGUGGCUGGUGGGCGAGCGGGAGAUGUCGGGUAAAGCCCUGAGCGAGGCGCCAGACGGUCUGAUCGGCCUCCAGCUCAUCAACGGGAAGAACGAGUCGGCGCACAUCAACGACGCCGUGGCCGUGGUGGCUCAGUCCAUCCAGGAGCUCUUUGAGAAGGAGAACAUCACCGAGCCGCCGAGGGGCUGCGUGGGCAACACCAACAUCUGGAAGACGGGCCCUCUUUUCAAACGAGUCUUGAUGUCAUCUAAGUAUCCCGAGGGCCUGACGGGUCGGGUGGAGUUCAACGACGACGGGGACAGGAAGUACGCCCACUACAGCAUCCUCAACUACCAGAAGACUCGACUCAUUCAAGUCGGCAUUUACAACGGGACGCAGGUGGUAAUGAACAAUCAGCGCAAGAUCAUCUGGCCGGGAGGAGAGACGGAGAAACCGCAGGGCUUCCAGAUGUCCACCAGAUUAAAGAUCGUGACGAUACACCAGGAGCCGUUCGUGUACGUGAAGCCGACCAUGCCAGACGGAACCUGCAAGGAGGAGAUGACGCUCAAUGGAGUCCUAAUAAAAAAGGUUAUCUGCACUGGGCCCAAUGAGACCAUCCCAGGUAACCUAUCAGGACGCCCAAUCGUGCCGCAGUGCUGCUACGGAUUCUGCAUCGACCUCCUCAUCAAGCUGGCUAUGACCAUGAACUUCACCUACGAGGUGCAUCUGGUGGCUGAUGGGAAGUUUGGAACUCAGGAGCGGGUGAACAACAGCAACAAGAAGGAGUGGAACGGCAUGAUGGGUGAGCUCCUGGGGGGCCUGGCCGACAUGAUUGUGGCCCCGCUGACUAUAAACAAUGAACGAGCCCAGUACAUCGAGUUCUCCAAACCGUUUAAAUAUCAAGGUCUCACCAUCCUUGUUAAAAAGGAAAUCCCUCGCAGUACUCUGGAUUCAUUUAUGCAGCCGUUCCAAAGCACGCUGUGGCUGCUGGUGGGUCUAUCGGUGCAUGUGGUGGCGGUGAUGCUUUACCUACUAGACCGGUUCAGCCCGUUUGGAAGAUUUAAAGUAAACAGUGAAGAAGAAGAGGAAGACGCCCUCACCCUAUCGUCCGCCAUGUGGUUCUCCUGGGGAGUCUUGCUGAACUCUGGUAUUGGAGAAGGCGCGCCGCGCAGCUUCUCAGCGAGAAUCCUUGGUAUGGUGUGGGCUGGCUUUGCUAUGAUCAUUGUCGCCUCUUACACUGCCAACCUGGCUGCCUUCCUGGUGUUGGACCGGCCUGAGGAGCGCAUCACUGGCAUCAACGACCCAAGGCUGAGAAACCCAUCGGACAAGUUCAUCUACGCCACGGUGAAGCAGAGCUCCGUGGACAUCUACUUCCGGCGGCAGGUGGAGCUCAGCACCAUGUACCGCCACAUGGAGAAGCACAACUAUGAGAGUGCCGCCGAGGCCAUCCAGGCCGUGCGCGACAACAAGCUGCAUGCUUUCAUCUGGGACUCUGCGGUGCUGGAGUUUGAAGCCUCGCAGAAGUGCGACCUGGUGACCACGGGAGAGCUGUUUUUCCGUUCGGGCUUUGGCAUAGGCAUGCGCAAGGACAGCCCCUGGAAACAGAAUGUGUCCCUGGCCAUUCUCAGUUCUCAUGAGAACGGCUUCAUGGAAGACCUAGAUAAAACCUGGGUGAGAUACCAGGAGUGUGACUCAAGGAGCAAUGCCCCAGCCACACUCACCUUUGAGAAUAUGGCAGGGGUCUUCAUGCUGGUGGCUGGAGGCAUAGCAGCAGGUAUCUUCCUCAUCUUCAUUGAAAUCGCCUACAAGCGCCAUAAAGACGCCCGCAGGAAGCAGAUGCAGCUGGCCUUUGCGGCCGUCAACGUCUGGAGGAAGAACUUACAGCCCUCUUCCUCUCUAGAGACUCAGGAUGAUAGGAAAAGUGGUAGAGCAGAGCCCGACCCCAAAAAGAAAGCCUCUUUUAGGUCCAUCAGUACCACCCUGGCCUCCAGCAUCAAGAGACGUAGGUCCUCCAAAGACACGCAGUACCCACCCACCGACAUCACGGGCCAACUCAACCUGUCGGACCCGUCUGUCAGCACCGUGGUGUAGAGGAGGGAGAGGGCGACAGCGAGGCCCGCUCCCCGAGGAGAGAGGAAGCCAGACGACGAGAGGAGAGGAGAGGAGAGGAGAGGAAGGGAGUUCCCUUCAUUCUGCCAAAUCCGAUGCUUUUCAAGUUCAUCACCUGCCUGUGGAGCUUUUUGAGAAAGAAAAAAAAAA